AGCAACUCCUCUUGCAGCUGCUGUAAUUGCUGCUGCGGGAGAAAGUGGACUGUCUCUAGUCCGCGAGCCCGCCCUGCCCAGCUGAGGAGAGCCACCGCCUCUUUUCUUGUUCCUCACUUACACCUAUUGCCGGGAGCGGCGACGGCUACAGUCCCUGGGCUCAGCGCUGUCUCAUCUCCUCAGACGGCUGCUUUGCCGGUCAUUCCCGCAGCCGGGCAGCUGACGGCUCCCCUCUGGUCCUAACCGGCUCCUCUCUGCACAGCGUCCGUUCCCUCCUCAUCCUCGCGCGGGACCACCUCCCCACAGUCUCGCCAGGGUGGAGGACGAGGAGCAGGAGACGAGAGUCACCCUCUCAGGCGACGUCGGCCCCCUCGUCCGCGGGUGUGUCCUAUAAAUGGCGUCGGAAAGCGACACGGAGGAAUUCUUUGAUGCCCCCGAAGAUGUGCACCUAGGAAGCGGCUACCCUGCAGGAUCUUCAGAAAAGGUUGGAAUUUCAACAUUAGAGGAAACAGAGAACACUCCACACAAAGUUGGAAAUGAGUCACCUGUACAAGAAUUGAAACAAGAUGUGUCUAAAAAGAUUAUUGAAAGUAUUAUUGAGGAGAGUCAGAAAGUACUACAGCUUGAAGAUGACUCUUUGGACUCCAAAGGAAAAGGACACUCUGAUCAGGCUACUGGCGGUCCUCUCGUGGCUGGGACAGAUCUUAGCAAUAUACCUGGAUUGUUAGCCAUAGAUCAAGCACUACAGGAAGAUUCCAAAAGGGAAGAGAGUCAGAAUGCAUCUGAAGAAACUGAAUUAGAAUCAAAAAAAGAUUUUCCUUCUGAGGACGCCUGUGAGAAGCCAGUAGAUGAAACCACUAAGUUAAAUGAAAUAAGUUCAACUGAGCAGCUUAAUGUGCCUGAAACUGAAACGGAAGUAUUGAACAAGGAAGCGGUAGAAAUCAAAGGAAGUGACAUUCUAGAAUCUGCAUCCUCAAACUCCUCGUCUGCUAAAGAUUGUGCUACUGUGGAAGAUUUGGCUCCUGCCAAACCCCCAAGACAACUUACUCCAGAACCUGAUAUAGUGGCUAGUACAAAGAAGCCUAUUCCAGCACGUCCACCCCCUCCAACUCAUUUCCCUCCUCCUAGACCACCACCUCCAUCUCGACCUGCUCCACCACCAAGAAAAAAGAAAAGUGAAUUGGAGUUGGAGGCUCUUAAAACACCUGAUCUGGAUGUUCCCAAAGAGAAUAUUACAUCUGAUCCUCUAACUACAAACAUGGCUUCAGAGGGUACCGUCAAGGAUUCUCAGCCUUCUCUUGAUUUGGCAAGUGCUACCAGUGGAGAUAAAAUAGUUACUGCCCAGGACAAUGGAAAAGCACCUGAUGGGCAGACAGUAGCAGGUGAAGUGGUGGGCCCUCAGAGACCUAGAUCCAACUCUGGGAGAGAGCUUACCGAUGAGGAAAUUUUAGCCAGUGUAAUGAUUAAGAACCUGGACACUGGAGAAGAAAUACCUUUGAGUCUUGCGGAAGAGAAACUACCAACAGGUAUUAAUCCUCUCACUCUACACAUCAUGAGAAGGACUAAAGAAUAUGUAAGUAAUGACGCAGCACAGUCAGAUGAUGAAGAGAAGUUACAGUCUCACGCAACAGAUACUGAUGGUGGAAGGUUAAAACAGAAAACGACUCAACUAAAGAAGUUCCUAGGAAAAUCAGUGAAGAGAGCAAAGCACCUUGCUGAGGAAUAUGGUGAACGUGCUGUAAAUAAAGUUAAAAGUGUUAGAGAUGAAGUGUUUCAUACUGAUCAAGAUGAUCCUUCAUCAAGUGAUGAUGAAGGAAUGCCAUACACAAGACCAGUUAAAUUCAAAGCAGCACAUGGUUUCAAAGGACCUUAUGAUUUUGAUCAGAUAAAAGUGGUGCAAGAUCUUAGUGGCGAACAUAUGGGAGCUGUUUGGACCAUGAAAUUUUCUCAUUGUGGCAGAUUACUUGCCUCAGCUGGACAAGACAAUGUAGUGAGAAUAUGGGCUUUAAAAAAUGCUUUUGACUACUUCAACAAUAUGCGAAUGAAAUACAAUACUGAAGGACGUGUGUCCCCAUCACCUUCUCAGGAAAGCCUAAAUUCAUCAAAAUCUGAUACAGAUACUGGGGUAUGCAGUGGAGCUGAUGAAGACCCCGAUGAUAAAAAUGCACCAUUUCGACAACGGCCAUUUUGCAAAUAUAAAGGACAUACUGCUGAUCUCCUUGAUCUUUCAUGGUCUAAAAACUACUUUCUGCUUUCUUCUUCAAUGGACAAAACAGUCAGAUUAUGGCAUAUUUCCAGAAGAGAAUGCCUUUGCUGUUUUCAGCAUAUAGAUUUUGUCACUGCUAUAGCUUUUCAUCCAAGAGAUGACAGGUAUUUUCUAAGCGGGUCAUUGGAUGGAAAGCUCCGCCUUUGGAACAUACCUGACAAAAAAGUGGCUUUGUGGAAUGAAGUAGAUGGUCAAACAAAGUUGAUCACAGCUGCAAAUUUCUGUCAAAAUGGCAAAUAUGCAGUGAUUGGGACAUAUGAUGGCAGGUGCAUUUUCUAUGAUACAGAGCAUUUGAAAUAUCACACGCAAAUACAUGUCCGCUCUACCAGAGGACGCAACAAGGUUGGAAGAAAAAUUACUGGCAUUGAGCCUUUACCAGGAGAAAAUAAGAUACUGGUAACCUCGAAUGACUCCAGAAUCAGACUGUAUGAUCUUAGAGAUUUGUCACUUUCCAUGAAGUAUAAGGGUUAUGUCAACAGCAGCAGCCAGAUCAAAGCAAGUUUCAGCCAUGAUUUUAGUUACCUCGUUAGUGGCUCAGAAGAUAAGUAUGUUUAUAUUUGGAGUACUUACCAUGACCUAAGCAAGUUUACUUCAGUCAGGAGAGAUCGUAAUGACUUUUGGGAAGGGAUUAAAGCACAUAAUGCAGUUGUUACUUCAGCCAUCUUUGCUCCAAACCCAAGUUUGAUGUUGUCUUUAGAUGUGCAAUCUGAAAAACCAGAAAGUGAAGAUGCUGAAGUUUUAGAUACCAUGUCUUCUGGUAUUAUGAAGACAGAUAACACAGAAGUUCUUCUCUCUGCUGACUUCACUGGAGCAAUCAAAGUGUUUAUUAACAAAAGGAAAAAUGUAUCUUAAUUUGAAAUGCCAUUUAAAAUAAACAUAUCAGUAAGUUUCUCUAUAUAUCAGAACUGAAAAAAAUUAUAGUGUUUCAGGCUAACAUCUUUUUUUUUUAAUUUUUGUUGGAAGAUGUUCAAAUAUAAUAUAUUUUUUGAGAGGCAGUGUUAAUGAUCUAGUAAACCCUGAACUGAUAGACUAGAAGGGAAUGUGGCUAGAGUAACAUUGCCAGACAUAUGGCUUUACAUUUUGUUAUAUUUGUGUUUUUGUUAUAUAAUUGUGAACUUGCACAGGUUUCUGCAUGAAAAUAUAUUAAUAUAUUAAUCCCAUGUGUGUGCCUUUUGGUUACAUGCACUAAAUCUUAACAAAGUUAAAUUAUUUCAAUGGCUCAUUUGGCCUCUUAAUGGGGAAGGAGUCUUGUUUCUAGCUUAAACAAUUUCUUUUGCACAAAAUUUCAUUUUUUUUAAAAAGUGGUAUCUUUCGACUGAGUUAUUGUUUUAAAAAUGUUAUAUAGGUUUUCAAUAGGUCAACAACCAUGUGUAAAUGGUUUUUAUAAAUUUCUCAAUUUGGGGACAAGAUUUUUCUUGUGGUCUAACUUGUGGACUUAAGAUUCUUUUCUUUGUAUGUGUAUAUAUAUAUUUUUUUUUGCCACACUGGAGCACAAUGUUUCUAUGUAAAGAAUUUUUUUCAUUCUUUAUCCAUGAGCACCAGGCUUUGCUCACUUAAAAAAUUAAGCCACAUUAAGGAGUGAGUCUUCUUUUUUACAAUAAUGUAAAAAUGAACUGUUUACAUUUUUUUAAAGCAUUGUAGUUUUAAAAACUAAGCCGUUUUGUUUUGUGUUGUUGAAUUUGAAAGUCUUUGCAAAUAUUGAUAUAAUGUACCAAUGAAAUAACAUCUGGGGCAAUGGCACCCUGAUAAUGUUGUUGAUGGUUAGCAUAUGUUUCUGAAAAUUAAAUAGUUUAUUAAAAGUUGGUUGCCAACACUUGUUAAACAUGUGACUUCAUUUUCAGAUGACUUUGGUAAUUUGAGAAAUGCAAGAAAAACAAAGCCUUGUUUUAUAAUUUGAUCUUCAGCAAGCAGAAGACCAGACUUUAAAUUCCACAAUCCAUUAGCUAGAUACCUUUACAAAAAAAGAAAUUUUAAUUCUGGUUCUGAAGUGACCAUUACUGAGAGUUUAUCUCUCUGCUUAUAUGUUCUUUACUAUUGUACAUUUGCUUUCAGUAUGUAAGAAAGAAGCUGGGGAGCCAUGAUCAUGUCCUUGUUAAUCAGCAUGGUCUCAGAGUGAUUUGGAUUUUCUAGUUAAUUAUGUAUUAUUUGCCUUGGUUAAGCUUAUGCCACUUGUUUCCUUCCACCAGUGCAAUACUCCUCAGCCCUCUGCUCACUCCCCUGUCCCCAUCUCUGUCUUCUCACUCUUCUGUACUCUGCCGGACAGAUGGAGUUGUUACACCAUUGGCUUUCUAACCAGUCAGUUUCUUAGUCUCAAGGUCUGGAUUGGUAUAGUGUUUCAAAGAACCGUGAUGCCCAUAGAUCUUGCAGGCAGCUUAGUUUUCACUGACUUCUGCCUGAGGAGGACUUGUAGUCAGUUGUGGUGCUGGUCCUUUCAACUACAGAUAAUUGGGGUAUUGCCAUGUGACUAUAUCCUGAUAGGUUUUAUGUUGUUUGUUGAACAAAAAGGCAAAAAGAUAGUUGGGAUGCCAGCUUAAGAGAAUAAUACUGACACUUCUAAGUUUAGUUUUUAGAUGCUUGCUGUCCACUCUAUAAAUACAUUGCAAAGUAACAAGUCAGAAAAUGAAUUUGAAAAGGUAGCAACCUGAUGUAUGCAAAGAAAAACUUAGCAGUAUUCUUCACAAAAAUAAGUGUUAGAAACUCACUGUAGUAAGUAGUGUGGUAUUCUAGGAAAGAACACAGAUUCUAGAAUUAGAUAAACUUGGAUUUGGUUCCAUCUAUUAGCACAUUCUUUAGCCAAGCUAUCCUAUGUUAAUUUCCAUUUUCUUAACUGUAAUAUGAGAAUGCCUACCUGAAAUUAUAAAGAUUUACUGAG